AUGAAUCGUUUUAUCCAGCAAGGUGCUAAAUUUACCUCAAAUUUUAAACAAUAUCUAAAGUUACCGAACCAUAAUGCAGGUUCGUACUUUCAUGAUAUACAAUUAAGAAAUUUUGAGAAUAUUUCCAACAAAAAUAUUGUAAAUAUGGUUGUUGAAGUUCCACGUUGGAGCAACGCUAAAUUUGAAAUUAGUAAAAGCAUCCCAUUAAAUCCUAUUGUUCAAGAUACAAAAAAGGGCAAAUUAAGAUUUGUAAAUAAUAUAUUCCCAUACCAUGGUUACAUCCAUAAUUAUGGGGCCAUUCCACAAACAUGGGAAGAUCCUACUCUAGCAAUUGCAUCCAUGGACAAUUUAAAGGGUGACAAUGAUCCAUUAGACAUAUGUGAAAUUGGUAAUACCGGCAUAUUAAGUACGGGUGACAUUGUCCAAGUUAAGGUAUUGGGUAGUUUGGCCCUUAUUGAUGAUGGUGAAUUAGAUUGGAAAAUCAUUGGUAUUAAUAUUAAAGAUCCAUUAGCAAAUGUGGUUAAUGAUUUAAAUGAUGUUGCGGAAAACUUUCCAGGAUUAUUAGCCGCAACAAAAACGUGGUUUAGAGAUUAUAAGAUUCCAAGUGGUAAACCUAAAAAUAAAUUUUUUGGGGAUUACAAAAAUGUGGAUGAAACGAUCCAGGUUAUUGAAAAUUGUCAUAAAGCUUGGCAAGCGUUAAUUAAUAAUUAUGAUAAUAUUGAUUAUACAGAUAAACCUUGGAUUAAUAAUAGUACGAAUAAUAUUGGUUUCAAUGUCAUUCAAGAUACUAGAUUACCGGAUGCUCCAAUUGACCCAAGUAUCAAUACAUGGUGUUAUUUGAAAUAG